GAGAGCGGAAACGGUCGCAGAAAGAUGCGGUGUUGCGUCCUCGUAGUCGUCGUCGCCCUUUUCGACGUCGUCCACGCUCAAGGGGGCCCGCGAACAUUUUCUGCUAGGCCUUACCGAGGAGUGGUAUAUGUUACAGGACCAACUAUAGCAGCGAGGGCGGUUAUUCAGGGUACAGCGGAAUUACCGUGCGACAUACGACCCCCGCGACAAAACGACUCCGCCAUUUUGGUCGUCUGGUACAAAAGCGACAUCACGCCUAUCUACAGUUAUGAUAUGAGGGGCAAACAUUCCGAAAAGGCUUCCCACUGGAACGACAAAGACCAUCUGAACGACCGGGCGUUCUUCAGGACAAUCACGGAACCGGCGACUUUAAAUAUAAAUCACAUCGAAGAGAAGGACGAAGGUGAAUACAGGUGUCGAGUAGAUUUUGCUAAGAGCCCCACCAGAAAUUCAAGAAUUCACCUCACGGUAAUAGUGCCCCCGCAUAAACCAAACAUUAUCGACGAACAUGGAAAAACCGUGCCAACAGUGGCAGGUCCAUACGUGGAUGGCGGAGUCAUGAAAUUGCAGUGUCUUGUCUCCGGAGGUCGCCCCGAACCAAAAGUGAGAUGGUGGCGCGGGGAAAUGCUUCUGGACUCCAAAGACGAACCAGGGGAGUUCCCUGCUCUUCGUAGGAACACGUUGAUCGUCAACCAGCUCUCGAGAGCUGAUCUUCACGCGGUCUUCACGUGUCAAGCGUCCAACAACAAUAUCAGCCAACCAGCAUCUGCCUCUGUAGCUAUCGAAAUGCACUUGAAACCACUAACCGUGACGAUAAUGAAUAGCGAGCAUGCACUGCUCAGCGCUGAUCGGAAGUACGACAUAAACUGCGUGACCGCUGGUUCAAGACCACCGGCCAAAUUGUUCUGGUACAUAGACGGAAGAAAAUUGACUAACUACACGGAGAAGGUAUCCGAGGACGGUAACAUGACGAGCUCCACGUUAAUCCUGACACCAACUCUACAUGAUCAUAACAAAGUAGUGACUUGUCGGGCAGAAAAUACCAAAGUUCAAGGAGGCACGAUGGAAAACACGUGGAAGUUAAAUGUCUUUUUUAUUCCAAUUUUGCACCUGGAAUUGGGAUCCAAUAUGAAUCCAGACGAUAUAGAAGAAGGCGAUGACGUGUACUUCGAGUGUAAAGUACAAGCUAAUCCUAAUCCUUAUAAAGUGGUAUGGAAACACAACGGAAACGUAAUUCAGAAUAAUGCAAAGAAUGGUGUGAUAGUGCAACAAUAUGGUCUGGCUUUGAGAGAGGUCAAUCGUUCUCAGGCUGGAAAUUAUACUUGUAUUGCUAGCAACGUCGAAGGAGACGGUUAUAGCAAUAACGUAGAACUUAAAAUUAUGUAUAAACCUAUUUGUGUACCAGAUCAGAAGCGUAUCUACGGGGUGACGCGUCUGGAAGAUGCUCGGGUAAUUUGCAGAGUCGAGGCAUAUCCACCACCGGAUAGCUUCCGUUGGACCUUCAAUAAUACCGAAGAAAUGGUGGAUGUGCCCCAAUCAAGUUACAGGAACUCGACUCGCCACACUGAGAGCGUUCUCAUAUACCGACCAGUCACGGAAAUGGAUUAUGGCACAGUAUUCUGCUGGGCUAGUAAUACUGCUGGUCAGCAGAAGAAUGCCUGCGUAUUUCAUAUUAUUCCUGCGGGGAAACCCGAAUCUCCAUACAAUUGUACAUUGUCUAACCAAACUACCAAGUCGCUCUCGGUCGAAUGUUUCCCUGGUUUUGAUGGCGGUCAAUCUCAACAUUUUCUUCUCGAAGUCUUUGACCAGCACACAGGAAAACUCCAAGCGAACAUCACAUCCAAAGAGAACGCGAUCUUUACUGUUCAAGAUUUAGAACCGGGCAAAGUUCUAAAUAUGAUCUUGUACGCGGUAAACGGGAAAGGAAGGAGCGAUCCCACGCUUUUAGAAGGAUUUACUCUAAAAGUUGCGGAAAAGCAAACUGGUACCCCGGUACCAUUCGAGAUCACCCCAUUAUUAGGGGGUUUGAUCGGAGUGGUUACCGCAUUGCUUUUGAUUACCAUCGCUAUUCUGGCAGCUAUGAAAAUCAGAAGUGAAAGAAGAACUCAAAGACCGAGCGAUUUACCGUUAAAAAAAAGUACCGCGCCUAGUUCGGAGGAUCUUUACGAUACCGACGACAGGAAUCCGGAUGUUGUGCCAGUAAAUAAAGGUACGAUUAAACUAAAAGGUUCAGAUUACCAAUUGACGGGAUCAAUGUCCGGCACCCCAUUGGCUGCACAAAACACUCCAGAUGGGCUUCCCCCAUCUUCAAUCUCGGUUCAACAAGUAAAUCAUCUGCAAGGAUUGCAGCCAUAUUCUCACGACUACAAUAAUUAUCCGACUUUACCGUUAUCGGGCGAGAUAACCUAUGCCGAGUUAUGUUUGACGCGACCAACGACAUUAUCGACGUUAGCGACCGAUACGAAAUUGACAAGCAUAAGUGGCGUUGGUGGUUUAAGCACUAUUCAAGGUUACGGGAGCGGAGUAAUCGUAGGCGGAAAGCCAUACACGAAAGAAGCGACGAUCUAUGCUUGCAUAGACCACAACGCUAGGCCGUCGAAAGUUGACGCCUCUAACGGGUCGUCGUGUGUACCGACACCUUUGUCUACAAAGAGUGCAUUCCAGGACUUCAAUGUUUCGACGAUGAGUGGUAAACACCAUCCUUCAAUAGAAAUCGUUACUGUUCGCACGCCGUUAAUAUCGACUCAAGAGAGUUGUGUAUAG